CGCCGAAAAUAAAGAAGAGAAAGGGUUUCUCACUGGCAUUGUGAAUGUUAUGCUAAGAGCAACAGUAUCAAUAUGAGGUGUCCGUACUGCUCGGCCGGUCAAGGACGGUGCGCCACCACAAGCUCCGGUAGGUCCAUAACGGAGUGCUCUUCGUGCGAGCGUGUGGUCGAGGAGCGCCAAUCUCAGCCCCAUCAUCUCUUCCAUCAACGCGCCCAAGACAACCCUCUUUGCCUUGUCACCUCCGACCUUCCCACCCUCCAACCCCACGACGACGAAGAAGACCCAUUCGAACCCACUGGCUUCAUCACCGCCUUCUCCACCUGGUCUCUAGAGCCCACCCCGCUCUUUCUUCGCUCCUGCCUCUCCUUCUCCGGUCACCUCGCCGAGCUCGAGCGCACCCUCGAGUCAACUUCAUCGUCAUCUUCCUCUCAAUCGACUUCUUCUUCAUCGACCGUCGUGGUUGAUAAUCUUAGGGCUUAUAUGCAGAUUGUCGAUGUGGCUUCGAUUUUGGGAUUAGAUUAUGACAUUUCUGACCACGCCUUUCAGCUAUUCAGGGACUGUUGCUCCGCCACAUGUUUGAGGAAUCGGAGCGUUGAAGCUCUUGCGACUGCUGCUCUUGUUCAGGCGAUUAGGGAAGCGCAGGAGCCUAGAACCCUACAAGAAAUUUCAAUUGCAGCCAAUGUACCCCAGAAGGAAAUUGGGAAGUACAUCAAGAUACUUGGAGAAGCUCUACAACUAAGUCAGCCCAUUAACAGCAAUUCCAUAUCUGUUCAUAUGCCAAGGUUUUGCACACUUCUUCAACUUAAUAAAUCUGCUCAGGAGCUGGCAACUCACAUCGGAGAGGUUGUCAUCAAUAAAUGCUUCUGCACUCGCAGAAAUCCCAUUAGCAUAUCUGCCGCAGCCAUAUAUUUAGCCUGCCAACUUGAGGACAAACGCAAAACACAGGCUGAGAUUUGUAAGGUGACUGGCCUUACUGAAGUCACUCUCCGAAAAGUCUACAAGGAGCUCUUGGACAAUUGGGAUGAUCUGCUCCCAUCUAACUAUACUCCAGCUGUUCCUCCAGAAAGAGCAUUUCCAACUACAGUAAUUGCUUCAGGCCGCUCUUCAGCGUCCAAAGUUGAUUUCAUGGAGGCGACUGCUUCUUUGGACAGAGAGAAGCAGCCUGAUACGAAACCUAACAAACCGAACGAGGUUUUAGAUACAAGCCAUUAUCAGGCCAGAGUUAAAGAGGAUGCUGAAGGUAAAGGCAAUUCUCGUGGAGCUCAUUCCUCUAUACCGAACCGACCAACACUGCUUUGGCAAAGCCAACUACCAUUUGGUACAUCGGGUUUUCGAUCAACUAGUGAUAAGGGUCCUCGAGGGAUGGACAUUGAUGAGAAUCACUCUAACCAUCAACUGUUGGAUCAGAAGAUAGAUAAGGACCAAAUGAGUGUUACUAAUACUGCUUCUUUGGACAGAGAGAAACAGCCUGAUACGAAACCUAACAAACCGAACGAGGUUUUAGAUACAAGCCAUUAUCAGGCCAAAGUUAAAGAGGAUGCUGAAGGUAAAGGCAAUUCUCGUGGAGCUCAUUCCUCUAUACCGAACCGACCAACACUGCUUUGGCAAAGCCAACUACCAUUUGGUACAUCGGGUUUUCGAUCAACUAGUGAUAAGGGUCAUCGAGGGAUGGACAUUGAUGAGAAUCACUCUAACCAUCAACUGUUAGAUCAGAAGAUAGAUAAUGACCAAAUGAGUGUUACUAAUACUAGCUCUUCAAACCAUUCAGACCAAACUCAACACUUGAGUUCCUCAACUUCCAAUACUAGCUUGUCCACUAGUCAGUUUAGGCCUCAAUCUUCUUCAUUGAGCCAUUCCAAUGCUCAACUUUUUGGACAGCCACCAAAGCUAGCUCCAGGCUAUGUUGAGCUUAAAAGUACCUCGGGUCUGAACGGAAAUAAAAGCGCCAAACAUUGAUUCGAUCAUCAUUUCUGUAGAUGUACAUAGUCUUGUUUGUAUUGUAACGAAGUAGUGUGUGAACUCGAUUAGUUCGUAGGUUUGAUUAGAGUUCAUUUGCUCCUUGGGGGGUUCUAACAAUUCCAAUGAAUACAACAGUAUCAAGAAUUUUCCAA